AUGGCCAACCUGAAUACUGGAAUCCGUGGCAGACUCGAUGCUCUGCUGAAAACUGUCGUCGAGAUCAAAAGCGGUCUUUUGAACGACGGAAUCCUGCCUGAUCAGUUUCUGCAGGACAACCACAUACGUGUCAUUGACCAUGAUUUCACAAACUUUGGCGACGGAACUACUCAUACCUCGCCGAUUCUAUUCAAACCUCGCCCUUUGGUCUUUUUUAAGAAUCAUUACGUUGACUUUAGCCUCAUUACAGAUUCAGUCCUGAGACCACGUGCAAUGCACUACCCCACGUCCGGGGGUCCUCUUUUCGGAGAUGAGUGGCUGAGUAAACGCGUCCUCGACCCUUCUAACCGUGUAGGUAUGUAUACCGAAGCGUCUGCUCGCUAUCUGCACCAAUGGGCAUACGGUCAUGGAAUUCGUCAGGGGUUGCCGCCAGGAACUCCCAAUCUAUCUUCUCUUGUUGGGAUAUCACCAGUGGGGAGCGGGAGCAGCUUCCACGCAGAAGGUACAUUUAUUGACCUGUUUGAUGGCCAUUCAGUUCAGAGAUACACAUCCGACGUACUUGCGUACGACAGUGAGGCACAGGGCGUCAAGCCUCAUCUAAUACUUCUAGGCACGCAAGAAAAUACGGGCUGCAAUGGAUCCAUGAUGUAUGGCGAACUCGUGUUACUUAUUGCGGCUAUGAUAAACCGUGCCUACCAAGCCGCUGUGGUGGACGAGGUACCUGACAAGGAAGACGUCGUAGCACAUAUAGAGAGGGAAGAAGAUCUCUUGUUCAAGGAUGAAAAGAGUUUUCCUGUCCUCAUGGUCUCAGUCGUCCGUCCUCAACAUGCACGAAUCUUCUAUACUUGCAUGGACGGCGAAGACCUGGUGAUUCGACAAUCCGAGUUAUACAGCUUGGAACAAAAGAACGACAGGACUCUGGAUUUCCUCUCAAGGUUUCUCCUAAGCAGCCCCUUGGACGAGCAACUUCAGCCACAAGGUAUGUUCAAAGUUCUUCAACCGCUACAACAUGUACAGGGUCAACAAAAUCCAAAACAGCGAAAGCGAAAGCGGGAUGAAGCAGGAAGCCCUAGUUCUUCAGAAAAGGAAAACUUUCCGGAGGAAUAA